AAAUAUACUCGUCGGUCCAGGAAGCAGAAAUCAACGAGACAUCAGCAGAGAAGCGCUAUCUACGCCGCAGGUUUAAUUAAUUUAGAGCUGAUUAGGGACAUUUUUGGUUCGUUAAUGUAAUUGGGUCAUUAGAUAACGAUUUCGAAACGGUGAAUGCCACCGGAACGGGUGAAUGGCGCUGAUUAUCUUGUAAAGGAACAAAAAAAAAAAAGAGAAUCGGCGUUAUGCGUCCGGCUAUCGAGCGAUACGUGUUAUAAAACGAUGACGGCACGUUGGUUACGAUCGACAGAUAAUAAUAACACGAAUUUCAGAGAAAAGUGAGGCGCGAGAAACGUUUAUAGUCGAUGGGGGAAACAGGUCGAUCUGAAAAUGGCGUACAGCUAUAACAUUGAAGAGGUGCCGCCCGACGAUGUUCCUUGUGUCGAGCACGACAUACGACGCGCUAAAAAGUUCCUUCAGAAACACAGUCCAGAAUCGGGUGAUAGUUUGUAUGAUCAUUUGACAGAAGUGUUGGCUAAGAUAAUAGCAGAGAAACCAAGAAACGCUGUCGAUAUUUUCGAGGAGUACAGCAGGAAGGUGAAAGAGGAGAGGUUCAAGACUCAAACCAACCACCUUCGAGAUCUGUAUGUUCCACCCACUCAGUACGAAGAUGCAAAAAAGGUUAUCAACCUGAUCAAGACCGUUCAGCAGCUCGAUCAAAACGAAGGAGAAACACUGGGCGAGGAUGAGGAAGAAGACGAAGGGAAGAGGAAGAAGAAACCAAAUAUGCUGGACCUCCUGUUUUAUUUUGAGCAAACCAAUAUAGGUUUGCCUCGUGAUGAAAUGGUGGUGCUUAAUUUGUCUUUGCGAAAACUGUUGGCUGAAGCUCCUAUAGAAAACAUAAGAUUCUGGGGAAAAAUUUUGGGAAGUCCCAAAAAUUACUACGUAGUAGAGGCUGACCUCCAACAAGAAGAAUUGGACAAAAGAUUAGAGAAAUUAGCAGAAGAAGAGGAGAGGAAGCGACAAGAGGACCAAGCGAAAGCGGAAGAGGCAGCGAGAGUCGCGGAAGAAGCGGCCGCAGCGGUCGAAAGGGAAGCAGCGGAGGAUGAAAUGGAAGAUACAGAAACGAAAGAGGAGAAAGAUGAGGAGGGUUUGAAACUCGUCUUUCCACCACUGCCUACGCCUUCGUGGAAGCCGCCACCGGAAGUGCCUUCAGAGAAGAUCGGAAGUGGCGUGAAUGCCAAGGUGUAUUUUGUAUGCAACGAGCCCGGUUUGGACAAAUGGAUCGAACUUCCAACAGUUACACCGCAGCAGAUACUAAUUGCGCGACAGAUUAUCCGCCGGUGCACGGGAAAUUUGGAAACAGCGAUUCAUACGUUCCCGCCGUUUCCCGGCACGGAAAAAAAUUAUCUCCGCGCCCAAAUAGCCAGAAUUAGCGCGGCUACUCACGUUUCACCGAUUGGCUUUUUCACUUUUGGCGGCGAGGACGAAGAAGAAGAAAUGGGAGAGGAGCCGGAAGAAGGUGGGACUUUGUCAGAAAAUGUGCACUACGAUCCUCUACCUGUCAAGGACCUGGUGGACCUUUCCAUGACAAACUGGUGUCAUCACACACAAUACAUCUUAAAACAGGGUCGAACUGUUUGGUGGAACCCAGCCAAGGAGGACCAAGACGAAGAAGUCGGAGAAGAAGAAGAAUUGGAGGACGAGGAGGAGGAAAGGACAGAAGUCCAGAAAGAAGUGGGACCACCCCUACUAACUCCCUUAUCGGAAGAUGCUAUCGUGGACACGAUAAUCCCCUGGACAGUCACGCAGUCCUCUACCGUCUUACCAGAUCUAGCAGUGGCCCUAGUUAGGUCGAACACUUGGCCAGGAGCAUUCGCCUUCGCCUGUGGAAGGCGUUUUGGUAACGUGUAUAUCGGCUGGGGCCACAAGUACCACGCUUACAACUAUAGUCCACCGACCAUGCCACCUGUGCAAGACCAGUAUGCAUUAGGUCCUGAGAUCAUGGAGGUUCUGGAUCCCACCUUCGAACAAGAAGAGGCCUACCGCAUUGCUCACUUACCUCCUCCACCGGUUAUCCCAAUGGGAGAUGAAGAAGAAGAAAUGGUGGAAGAAGAGGAAGAGGAAGACGAAGAAGACGAGUGAUCAAGAUAUCUGUUUUACCAUGAAAGUAAUGAUUUAUAACUGUUGGUAAAACAGAUCCAGG